UGUUUGCCUCCCUUUGUUGACAAACCACACACAUUCAUCAACCUUAGUUAAUAAGGUUUUCGAGUUGCUAUGGCGAUCCUCAUUAGAGGUCGAGAGAUAGGAGAGUUUGGGAGAGAGUUCCGAUGUAAGAUAAUGCGAGCGUAAGACUGGGAAACAACACAACUCGUGAACAUACCAGUGACGCGGUGGAGGAGAGGACAACAUUGAUAUAAGUUGUCCGACGUAGAUAGACAUGAAGACAGUUUUGCUUGGAGUUGUGUUUCUCUGCAGCUUGUCAGCUGCACGUGCAGACUGCGAACUAGGCGAGCAGCCAAUCAGCUUGAUCCGAUGGAGCGGGGUGGUGCACAGUCCCGGGUUUGAGAAGCGGAUGUACCCGAACUACCAGAAUUGUACAUGGAACAUCCGGGUCAAUUCCGGGAGUAGAAUCAACAUGACCUUCACCCAGUUUGACCUUGAAGUCGGGAGGUUCAUCAACGCCGACCCCAGAGAUAAGAAAAACACGUGCACGGACUACGUGAGGAUAACUGACGGGUCGGAUGUGUUAUUUCAAGGCUGCGGAAAGCAGGGCUCUGAGGGUCUGUUGUCGAACUCCAACGAAGUGACAAUAAACUUUGUGACGGACGAGAGCGGACAACCCCCUGGAUUCAGCCUACAGUACACAGGUGUUCCAAGUGACGAAAUCUCUGAAGACACUUUCAUAGAAACACCCGGUUAUCCAGACUACCCGCCCCGUGACCAGAUAUUCGAGUGGAAGAUUGCCCCUAAAGAAAAUGCCAUAACCAUUGUACGUGGGAUUGCAUUUAACGACCCCCUGCCUUGGUGCGGGGAAUCGCCUGUAACGGCCAUCAACGAGGAGAACCAGACGUGGAACAAGGAGCUGUGCCUGGCGGACUACGCCCUCUUCUCCCCCGGGAACAUCACCCUGGUGUAUAACGCCACCGCUGACACCAACCCCUGGGUGGGCAGACUGCAGGUCAUCUACGAGCCAGGUCGGCCAUCUUGCUCAAACAUGUGUGACAACAGCACAGACAACCUAAAGGAAUGUCUGGAUCCGCGAGACUUGACAGGGCGGUGGUACAGCUGUAUCUGUGAAGAGAAGUACGCCGGCAAGCACUGCGAGGUGGCAAAGUCCACGCUAGAACCCUGCUACUCCACCCCAUGUCAACACAACGGGAGCUGCACAGAGGUUGAUCAUUCUUAUCAAUGUGGCUGCCUGGAGGGUUAUACUGGGAAAAAUUGCGAAUCAAACAUUGACUUCUGUAAUGGCGUUACCUGUCAAAAUGGCGGAACGUGUGUGGAUGGAACUGAUCAGUUUCAGUGCGCAUGCGUAACCGGAUACAGUGGUCAGCUGUGUGAAAUUGACAUUAAUGAGUGUGAAGUCAGUCCGUGCCAACAUGAAGGUACGUGUGAAAACAAAAUUGGGUCAUAUUCUUGCACAUGCGCAAAAGGAUACAAAGGGAACCAAUGUGAACUUCCGUACGACGACUGUGAUUGGGAGCCGUGUUACCAUGGAGGCACGUGCCUAGAGGAGGAAGAUGGCUUCCAUUGCGCAUGUACACCAGAGUACACAGGACGCAAGUGCUCUAUUCCUAUCGAUUCGGCCCACUGUCUCGAAGAUCAGGACAGGACGUUCGGCAGCGGACUGACGUGGCAGGACACCCUCGCGGACCGUGUGGACAUCGUGUCAUGUCCGCCAGGGAUCAUCGGUAAUGCUACAAGAAAGUGCGUCCACGACUCUUCCACCCCAACCGGCGGAAGAUGGACUCGCCCAGACCUUGGGGAAUGCGUCAGUCCACGGAUCAUGGAAAUCAACGAACUGGCCAAGGUCCUGCAAGACUCCAGGACUGUCGACAGCGCCGCCAUUGAAGACAUCACGCGACGGCUAGCAAACGCCACUUCCGUUGUAAGAGACCACCAGGGGGCGCAGCUAUAUCCGGGCGACCUGGUUUUCGCGACAGGGAUCGUCCGAAUAGUGUCGAUAGCUGUGACCACUGCCCAUGACAUAUCUGACCAACUGCAGUCGAUCGCAGAUCUGUAUGGCGAUGCCGUUGACAACAUCGUUGACCCGGAGACAAUCAUCAUAUGGAGAAAUACAAAAACGAGCAUGAUAGGGGAGAAGAUGACGUCUCUGCUGGAGUCGACGGAGGCUUUGGCUGAGAAUUUGAUGGUGCAUCAAUUUAGACGACGUCGAUCUGUGAACUCCAUCACGUCAAAUGACCCUCUUAUUGUCACAUCAAGGAACCUGGAGUUCCGCGUCACCAGUGUCCAGAGAGGGGUCAACGUGACCCACCUUCCGGCGUUUGUAGGAUCUGCAGACUCCAGCUUUAUUGAACUGCCCUCCGCCGUGGCGGACAUUGCGUCUGGACACACUGACGGUUCGUCUUUCAACAUCUACUACGCCAAGUUCCGGUCCGUAGCAACGUUGCUGUCGUUGAAGGAAGAUCGACACAAUGGCUCGGAGCCGGGUACAGUGGGCGUGGUCAACUCGGAUGUGAUAUCCAGUCGGGUCCUCGGGGUGCCGGAGACCUCAUUCAGGUCUCUAGAUCAACCCGUCAUCGUCACCUUCAGUCUCAAGAACACAACACUGAGGGGCAACCUGACUGAGUACUGCGUCUUCAUGAACAUGACAGCUCUGUCUGACAAAACCCGAUGGUCCCGUGAUGGAUGCCAGCUGAAGAGCUUUAACGGAAGUCACGUGACCUGUCAUUGCUACCAUCUGACAAACUUUGCCAUUCUGAUGGACGUGUAUGGGACCUCGGAGCAGCUGGACGACAGUAACAACCUUGUGCUAUCCUACAUCUCCUACAUCGGCGGCAGCCUCUCCAUCCUCGGCUGUCUCGCCACCAUCAUCGUCUUCCAGUACUUCCGACUGCGCAGUGACCGAGUGCGCAUCCAUGAACAGUUAGCAGCGUGUAUCAUCUGUGUCCAAGCUGUGUUCUUGAUAGGGUUCAGCCGCACGGAGAACAGCGCCACGCCAACAUGGGCGUGCAAGACGGUGGCCAUCCUGCUGCACUACUUCCUGACCGCCAUGUUCUGCUGGAUGCUCGUGGAAGGCAUCCAUCUUUACGUGGCGCUCGUCAAGGUCUUCAAACGCGGCAGUCAUAUCAAGAAAUACGUCGCCAUUGGAUGGGGGGUUCCGCUGGUGAUUGUUGGGAUCUCAGUGGGCGUGUUCUAUCACAGCUACGGAACUAACAAAAUCUGCUGGCUGAACAACGAGAUGCUGUUGGUGUGCUUUGUGCCUACCGUAGGCCUCGUGGUGGUGAUCAACACGGUGAUCCUGUGUAUGGUGCUGCGGGUGAUGUUGAGGUCGUUACACUCGUCGGCUAAAGUCGUCUCCAGCAAGGAGGAGAAGUCAGGACUUUGGAUGAGCUUGAAGGCUGCCGCCGUGUUGCUGCCAUUGUUGGGGCUGACGUGGAUGUUAGGAUUCCUGGCAGUGGACGUCCCCGGCACUGAAGUCCUCGGCUACGUCUUCACGUACCUCUUCACCAUCUGCAACAGCUUCCAGGGUGUCGUUUUCUUCCUGUUCCACUGCCUACUCAACUCUGACGUGCAUUCCGCCUAUGACCGUCGGUACAAGAAGAGGAAACGACUGACAACAAUGACAUCUAACGACAUAACGACACUGCGGCGGAAGAAGAGCUCCUCCGACAACGACACCUAUGUUGCCGAACCUUCAACCGUGAAAACAUCGAUGGACAAAAACUUCGACAUUUCAUUCGUUGCGCGGAAAGACAGCAGAACGUACCCCGAUGAACAGAUGCAGCUGGAACGUCAACACAGCAACUUCGAAGACUACGAUGUCUCCGACACCGAGAAAAUAUGGCGUCGCAACUCUGUGGACCAGGACAUGCGCUAUGACUCCUUCCCACGUCACUUCCGGCAGAUUGGCACCUACAAUGCCGGUUUCUCUAAUGCAAACGACAUGGAGUCCGCGUUCGAUGGCCCUCCAUCAACGGUCAAGUUCCACUGAUGGAUGGUCCACAGACUGAUUCAUUCGUCUUAUCAACUUGUUUCCUUCUGUAAAACUGCAAUAUGUUUGUUCGGACGCAUCGGUGAUAAAAACAUUCAAAGAUUACAUCAACCAUAUUUUAUUUGUCUUAUUUGGUAUGUUUUUUAAAUUGUUUUCAUCCCAAUACCGAAAUGGACAUGGACCGGAAAUUCCCUGAUAGGCGUGCGUUUAAGUUGAAGCAACCAUCACCAUUAAAUGUAUCUUGCAACCAAGUAACAGUUCAAAGGUCUACAGAUAAGUUGUCAAUGACCGUAUGACCGACAUGGUAAAUAUCCAGUCAGUAUCCAGUUGUCAGUAGACAUUAAUGAUAUAUACUCAUCUUUUUACAUGCCACUUUCGAGGUGCAUUCCUCUGCUCUAUUAAACCCUCCCAUUCUACACAUUCCUAAUGGUUCAAAUUUAGUUUAUAGUUUAUAAGAAUUAAAUAAAUGUCGUUAUGUUUAGUAUUUUUUUCUAAUUUGUUUUAUGUAUCGUAAUCAUAUCAUGGUUCAGUGCGUUUUAGAUUUUGUCUGAUCAGUUUGCUAGUAUUUGUAUUUUCACAUCUAAAUUAUUAUAUUCCUAUAUUGUUUUGUCAUAAAUUAUUUCCAAAUGGAUAAUCAAAUAUCUGGGUUUUUAAGUAGAAAGGUAUUUUAUAAUUCAAGAUGUUAUGUUUUAAGUGUCAAUGUCAAUACUA